CGAGAUCCUCACUUCGGCCCGACGUCUACCGCCAUGACCGACCCAACCCUCCCUUGCGCCUCCUCCGCCGCACCGCGACCACCACCUCCCGUCCUCUCGACUCUCGACGAGCGCGUCGCGGCCUACUCGUGCAACACGCUCCCGGCCGACUACUCGUUUGAUCCGACGCUCUCGAUCGACGACAACUACAUGGUCCUCACGCUCAUCUAUGCCCGACUCUCGACGAGCAAGCGCGGCAACAUGGCCUGCAUCAUCGUCGACCCGUGCAGCACCCGCGCUCCCUCCGCCGCCGCCUUGCACGACAUCCUGAUCACCGCUUUGAACGACGGCGAGCCACCCGUCAAGCGUCGUCGAGCUUCCUCGCCAUCGUCGUCGUCGUCGGCCUCGCCCGACCCCUUCCCCAACUACCCCGGCCGCGUCCUCGCCCACUCGAACAACACUCCCGAGCCACACACCGUCCCUCCCUCGUCAUCGGACGCUGUCGGCCUCGACGGUGUCGUCAAGCCUGCGCGCACGGGCAAGAAGGCGCAGCAGUCGCCGUUCCUCGCGCGGGCGAGCAACUUUCCCGAGCUGCACGCCGAGGCGCGUUCGCUGUGCCUCGCCGCACGCGCGGGCAUCCCGACACUCGGCGCGACGGCCUACGUCUCGUUCCCGCCGUGUCAGGCGUGCCUGCCGCUGCUCGUCGCGGCGGGCGUGACGCGGCUCGUGUACCGGCAGCGCAUGGCGGCGCAGGGCGCCGUCGAGCUGUGUCGGCGCGAGGGCGUCGAGUGCGUCGAGGUGCUCGACAAGGACAAGGACGAGGACAUCAAGGCGCGGGUCGGCAGGUGGUGGAAGGAGCGAGGCGAGGGCCGGGACGAGACGAGGACGAGGCUCGACCGGUGGUGGAAGGAGCAGGAGCGCAGGAUCAUGGGCCCGCCCGAGGUGGUCUCGGUGGACUGUGCGAGCGGGGCGGCAGCAGGAGCGGGGCAAGGGUCGGUCGCGCCUCGAGAAGGCGCGAAGCAGGAGGAGGCGGUCGUCGGCACGACGGGGCCAGCCGCCUCGGCCAAGUAGCCAGGUCGUCUCGCUAGACGGUGACGCACUGCAUUGGCGCAUUUGGCGAGGCGCCUUUGACGCGUGCGCGACAUCUCGGUCCUCGUCGCAACUUUGCUCGCGCUUUCGUCCUC